AUGGAGGUUGCACCAGCAGUCGUCGACGCAGUCUUCCCAGCCCCGGGUUAUAUCGACUUUGUAAUGGAUGGCGUUGGCGAAACUGGUGCCGAGACUUUGCCAAGCCUACAAUCCAGCGGUGCAGGUCUCGGCGGCGUUGCUUACUUUGGAGAAUUGGCCCAAGCACAGGUUCGGGUUGGGCCACCAGCAAACGAAGGGCCUCAUUUGGCAGUUUUCUCGGCAGAGUCUGGAACCGGCCGCCCAGAUGCUAGUCACCCGCGUGCGGCCCAGAAAAAGAAAAGAAUUCCCAAGAAAAGAGAGAAGAGCGCGGCGUGCUGUCAGCUGCGCGCUCAGAGUCGUAUUGAUAGUAUCCAUGCCAAGACAAAAGGCGGCAGUUAG